GACAGGGGAAGAGGAAGUGUCUAAGGUCCUGGGGAAGACUGGCUUAAGUCUUGGUGGGUGGGGACCGUCAUUAUCAGCUUUCUGGACACACAGAAACAGACAAGAUGGACUUCCUCCGGCUACACCUCCCUGGGCUGCAUCAGGCUUUGAGGGGGGCACUGGAUUCCUUCAAUGCCUUUUUGUUCUACCUCAUGGGAGAUGAGGUCCCCACUGUAGAGCAGGAGGCACAGGCAGCCAAAGAACUGAGGGAGGUGGCGGCAGGAAAGCCAGAGAAGACUCGAGAGGAGGAAGCCCAGGAGACCCUGGAGGGCCUUAGAGAUAGCCAAAGCAGGGGAUCUGGAAAGCCAGGAGGGUCUGGAGAGGCUGGAAGGUGCCUGGAGGGAAGCUCCGCUGCAGAACAGACCUGGGGUUGGGGAAAAGGCAGCUCCCACGGGUCCCAAGCAGAUGGGCAGGACACUGGGACCUGGAAGGCAGCCAGGGCCUUCAGGGACCAGGAGCCAAGUGCCCCCCUGGAGGCUAGAAAGAAGUCUGAGGCAGGGUCCAGGGCUCAGCAAGACAGGAGCAGUCAAUCCCAGGAGAGACAGGAGCCUAGUGAGCAGGAAGUGAACAGAGGGGAGACGCUGAGAACCUGGGAACAAGAGGAGGAGGAGGAGGAGGAGGAGGAGGAAGAGGUCAGGGCAACAGAGCCAGGGAUGGCCAGGGGGGUGGAGUCAGAGUGGACCUGGCACAGAGAGCCUGAGGUGAAGGCUGGCGCUGACAGCGGGGAGACAGAGCAAGUGGUUCCGGAGGCAGUUGCAGAAACUGAAGGGUCUGGGACCAGAGGGCCUGGGAGGGAAGAAGAGGGGUUGGUAGUGGUGAGGAGUGGCCAAAGCAUAAGGACCCAGGGGACAGGGGUAGAGUCUGAGGGCUGGGCAACCUUGGGCAGAGAAGAGGCCAGAAUAACCUCCUCAGGCAGGGAGGAGGUCUGGACAGACUUAGCCAGGGAAGAGGCUGACCUCCCAGGAGUCAGGGGGACAGAAUAUGGGCCAGUCUCAGGAGAAAGGAUUCCAGAAGCUACUGGGAAACUCUGUGCCCUAGACAAGGCCACCAAGGAAGUUCAAGAAAAGGAAGUGAAGAGAGAGACUGAAGUGAAGCUUUUCCCCAGGCAGACCCAGGCCUUGGGCACUGAGGAAACAGAAGAGGCAGCUGAGGGCCAGACAGCAGAGAGGGAGGCUGCAGAAGGCCGGGAGUCAGAGGAGGAGGCAGGGGAGUGCUUUGAAGGGGAGAUCAAUCAGCAUGGGAAAGAGGCAGACGGGAGGCAAGACUUGCAGUUCAGGGCUGAUGGAGUGGGUCUGGAGGAGGAGGUGCAUGCAGAGGAGGGCCGGGCGGAGGAAGGGAGUUGCCUGGCCUCAGAGGCUGAGCUGGCCCUGGACAAAGAGGCUCGAGAUGAUUCUGACUUGGAGGCAGUCCCAGAGGCCAGGUCUGAUGAGUUUGUGGAGGAGAGAAGUAAGGAGGCUCAGAGGAGCCAAGAAGUGUUGGAGGAGGAGUGGGAUGACCUCAAACACAGAGUCACUGAAGACCAGGAACCUGAGCUGAUGGGAGGUGUCCUGACCCCAACAGAGCAACCUGAGGAAGAACAGGGGUUUUGGGAAGAACUCGGUAGAGUUUCAGACCUGAGGAAAGAAGAGAUGGAGAGGAGACUGGAGGAGUGUUAUAGGCACACAGGGUCUGUGGAUCCUGAGGUCCCUGCAGGAGAAGCCUGGGGAAACCAGAGGAGAAGGGACAGGGGAAGUAGAAAUUCCCAGGAGGUAAAAACAGAUGCUGAAGAUGGGGAGGAAGAGGCUACAGGAGGCCAGGCAUUGGAGGCCAAGGCCAAAGGAGAUUGGGAGUCUGAACUACCAGAGAUCCAAAGAUGUGUGACAGAGGAGGGGGAGGCCUUUGUAGCAGAAAACCAGGAACUGCAGGGAAGCCCAGGGGAAGAGGCAGGGAUAGGCCAGUCACUGGAACAAUCAGAGGCCAGAGAAACUGAGGAUAGCAAAGUGGAGGCCUCAGUACCACGGGAGGCAGACCUAACAUCCAGGGGAGGCUGGAGGCUGCAGGAGGCAGCUCUGGGUCUCCAGGACCAUGAGGACACACAGACCAGUUCUUUGGUUCCUGAGAUUGUGGAGGAUGAGGCAGUUCUGGUUGUGAGGGCUGCUGGGACUGAGGAAGGGUCAGAAUGGGAAGCUGGGGCAGUUUGGGUGGAGGAGUAUGGGAGAGAGGAGGCUGAGGGAGAAGCAGAGCUGGUGGAGGCUGCAGGGGGAGAGAACGGAGAUGGGCAGGAUUUUGGUCUAGAGGCCUCAGCAGAAAAGGAGAUGACUGGCAGAGCUGGUGAAGGAGAGGCUUUAGAGGCCAGGGAAGGAGAGCCGGCAGAGGUGGGGGGACCUGCAGUGGCAGAAGAAGGUGGUGGGAUGGAGGACGUCAUCUCAGGCUCCCAGGCAGCAAGAGCAGAGGACGCUGUGGCCAUAGUGGAGGCAGAGGGGCUCCCAGGAGAGCAGCCGCUGUUGGAAGAAGAGGCAGGGGCAUGGCAAGCUAGAGAGCAGAGGAAAGACGGUGAGGGGCAACAUGGGGACCACCACCCUGAGGGGGAAGCACAAAGGCUGCUGGAUGUGGAGGACACUGGAACUGGAGGCCAGAGGCCAGAGGCCAAGGAGACUGAUCCAGAAGGCCUGGAGGAUGUCCAAGACCAGGAGGGGCAGCCGACACAACAGGCCCUUGUGGAGGCCCUGCCUGGACCCUCAGAGACUGAGACUGCAGGAAGUGCCCGAGGGGACACUCACAGCGGCUGGUGUGAGGACCUGCUCCCUGGGUCCCGCUUGGACGUCUCUGUCCCAAGGAGCCGUGUACUCCUCUCACGAAGCUCCUCACAGCGGCGCUCUCGGCCCUCUUUCCGGCGGACCCUUGCCCCUGAGCAGCCAGAGGACCCUCCCAGCCCCCAGCCCGAGGAGGGACUGUCAGACCCUGAGCAGAGACCACUCCAGCUGGAGGAGACCCCAGAGCCAAGCCCCCCAAGGCCUGAAGGGACCCCAGUACCAGCCAGGAGAAAGCCUCUGGGACACGGGUUUGGCCUGGCACACCCAGGCAUGAUGCAGGAGCUACAAGCCCGACUCGGUCGGCCGAAGCCCCAGUGACUGAGACUUGACCACGCUGAGCCAGGCUGUGAGAGUCACCAGGCUCCCCUGGGCCCUGCUCACCCCUGACUCUGCCACCUGGAUGCAUUCUUCCCACCCUCUGGGCCUGGCUUUCUUGGUGUGUCAUUCAUGGAGUGAACAUAACCAGAUGUCUGUGAAGACCAUGAACUUCAAGAAUCUGACUCUCCAGUGCAGAUUGUAGACUCCUGUGCCACUGGGCGGCUCCAACUCUCAGGAGUUCCUGUCCUGGUUACCUUCCCAACCUGUCUCAGCCACUCAGAAGACUGCAGGGAAAACUGGGGCAAUGGAGACUUCUCCCACGGCCUUCCCUCUCAGACCCCUUCGGGUCCCAACCAUUCCCAGGCCCCUCAGAGAGCUGUGUAGGAGUAACACACCUCUGGGGUGGAAGCCCACCCAAAGGAAAGAGGUCUGGAGGGCCUGGGAACACGAAUUGGUUUCAAAGAUCCAUCAGCAGCAGGUCAGCUGCCUUGAGUUUCCAGACUGAUAGCUCAGUCUCAGAACUCUGCUGGUUGCUAUGGUAACUGCCAGUUGAGCAGGUCACAGUGGGGGAAGGUGGACUAGGACCCCCAAAAACAAAUGAACAGAGAGGGGAUUCUGGGGUAACCAGAGGCUGCCAGCUCCAUUCCAGGCCCUUUGGGUGUCUGACACCCCUUCUGUGAAAAGAUAUUGAAGCACAGAGAGGGUGAGAGGGCUUUAUUAGGCACCGGUGUGCCAGGAUGAAACAAUAAAUAAACUGUCAUCUCCCUAGACAGCAAAUAAAUAUCCAAGAAAUAAAUAUCUCGCAAGGACUGGAGGGGCUUUAAGUUAUUGGGCAGGGUCUGAAGCUAGUCCUGAAGUCCUAAAGAGUGAGAGAAGGGGACUAAAAGAUCGCUCCAUCAGGGCUGGGAUCUGGGUGUUGAGAGCCCCAGUCCAGACCUGGGUGGCCGGCCUUGGACAGCAGCAGCAAGUCCCGCACAGCCCGGGACAAGACCACCUCCAGGGAGCGCAGCAGCUGGUAGGUGUAGAGCAGCCGGGGCCAGGACACCUGGGCCGAUAAUGGUGCGGGGUCCCCUGGAGCCCCUGGGAGCAGCCCCUUCCCCUCCUCCUCUUGCUCCUCCUCCUCCUCCUCAGGCAGGUUGAAUCCUGCAGCCAGCACCUGUGAAGAGAGACCCAUAGCCCUGACAGUGGCCAGGCAGAGACCCUGAGCAAAUCUUCAUUCUUUAUUUGAACCCAGUGGCUCCUGAUGACACCAGGCCCCUGGAUACCCCUGCUUCAGAUCUUCCAUGUCCUCAUCUCACAUGUCUUAACCUGACUUUUUUGA